AUGGCGAUGCCAGAGGUUGCAUCAGUGGAGUCGAUCGAACAACAACUGCUUGAGCUUCUACAGCGUGCUCGCCAAGUCAAGAAGGUUUCGACCAUCGAUCCACCACUACCUGUCGCUGAGCUAUCAAAAGAUCAUGGCCGGCUGCUUGAAGUGACCGGUAUACAUGCGCAAAACGCAGCCACCGAAACGGCAGCGAGGAAUCUGUUGCAUAGACUUGUGGCAUCAACCUCGAUCGACCAGCCUUCUUUUAUUGAGGUGUGGAACCUAUUAGAUAUUCUCCAAGAAUGCGGUGAUCGCGAUGAAUGCGACCCGGCGCUCGUCUUCUGGCUUAUAGAAGAACUACUGGACAGCCAGACCAUGGACGGAUGCAGAAAAGUCUUUGAUUUCCUUGAGUCUCGACGAGAGCGCUUAGUUGCAAGGAACUUCUUCCCUACUAAAAACUUGGUCGCACUACGUUCAUGCAAUGAGUUGCUCCGUCGGCUAUCUAGGGCCGAGGAUGCUGUAUUCUGUGGACGAGUCUUCAUCUUUCUGUUCCAGUGCUUUCCGCUGGGUGACAAGAGUUCGGUCAAUCUACGCGGCGAGUUUCACGUGGAGAAUGUCACGACGUUUGAGAGGUCCGAAGGAGACCACAGCGGACCUCGGGAGGCUAUGGAUGUAGAUGAUAACCCUAAGAGCUCCAACACCAUCGCAGAGACAGGCCAGACUCCGGUAGACGAAGCAGGAAAGACUAGCACACGAAGCACCGGCAUCAAAGAAGAACAAAAGACGCUAGACACAGAUACACUGUACCCCAUCUUCUGGCAACUGCAACAAGCGUUCUCCAACCCCCCGAGCCUCUUCUCACAGCAAAACUUGGAUGAGUUCAAAGCGGGCCUCCAGGCCACACUCUCCACAUUCAGGGCAGUUCCUAAAGUUAUCCAAAGCCAGGGCGUAGAUGUCAAACGCGGCGUGAAGCGCAAACACGGAGAAGGAUACGAGAAUCUCGCAAGCAACUACAAUCCCAAGUACCUUACCAGCCGCGACCUCUUUAAACUUGAGCUGAGCGAUCUUGCCUUCCAAAGGCACAUACUGGUCCAGGCUCUGAUUUUGAUUGACUUCCUCUUGUCUCUGACAGAGAAAUCGAAGACGAAGCUUGCUCAACUAAACACGCAGAAGGCCUUGCAGUAUAGCUUUACUUUAAGCGAACAGGACGCUGAAUGGGCGCUGAACUCGAGAACUGCGAUUGCAAACUAUUUGCGGGAGGGGCCUGAAGGCAACUUCUACUACCGAAUGGUCGACACGGUAUUAUCUCGUGACAAGAACUGGGUGCGAUGGAAGAUGGAAAACUGCCCGCCGAUCGCACGUGAGCGGACCCCAGCACAGGUCCUCCUUGAAGCAAAGUCAGGCGCACGUCGAGCGUGCGCAACGAGAAGGCUUAAAAACACAGACGGUGCGAUCAACUUGAGUUUCUUGUCCGAGGAUGGAUCCACGGAGGGUGUCAAUCACUUCGACGAGUCACGAAGGUUCGUCGUAAAUGCAGUACCAAGCGCUGAGUUCUUCGUCAAAGAAAUUCAGAUGUACGAACUUGACCUGGAAAUGGCAGCGACGGAAGAUGAGAAGCAGAAACUGCAAGAUGAUAUCUUGGGAACGACCUGGAGAGCUCUGAGGGUUGCCGCCAGAGACAAGCUCAGCUUGUUUGAUAAGGUCGAUGACGGCAAGAACCUUCAAAGGCUGCUCCAGUCCGACGCGUCUGAAGGGCCUGUCAGAGAUGACAGCCUAGCGGGAGGCGCUUCAGAGGGCAGGAAUGACGGUUCUGUAGCAGAGCACGCUGAGCAGGAAAUGCAGGAGGGUCACUCAGCCGACGAUGGCAAUCAAGCGGCAUCAGAGACAGCAGCGAAGUAA